GGGAGCUUGGUGGGAUUGAGUGCCCUCAGCCCCCCGCCCCCCUCGGUGAGUGAAUGGUGCCUCGGGGUGAGCUUGAGUGAGCGCUUGCCCCCUUCGGGCACCUCUGAGGGGCAGGUUUCCCCUUCGGAGAGUGGGUGCGCACCUUGGUAUCAUCACUGUUCACGUGCCGUCGUUGUCGUUCUUCCGUGUUGCUGUGCAGCAGCAGCGUCCCCAGCUGGGAACACGGCGCCUUGGUUUCGGCGAUCAGAGCAACGAACAGAUGAGACGGUGCCCCGACUCCUGUCUGGACAAGACAGAGGUUUUGCACGUCGAACAAACGAAAUCGUGAUGCCUGAACAGCUGAAAGGUGUAAAUGGACUCUGUUCCUGACGAAUACAGACGCUACAGCACAGCCCAUGUUGGGGUGAGCACCUUUUGCCGGGUGUCCGCCAGCGUCUGCUUAUUCACAUGCAGCUUUCCCGAAGAACCUCAUAAUGUUGUUUGGAGAGGUGCCACGCACCACCCAAGAGAUGAGGCUGCUGGCAAUGGUUAUGAGGCUUCUCACCUCAAUGUUGGUUGGGAAUCUUUGGGCCAUCCUGGAGAAGGUGAUGCAGCUUUGCAGCUGGGUUCCGGGUCGGCGACUGCGGGAGAUGGCACGGGUGUUCCCGACGGGAGGACUUUUCCAGCUCCUCGGCUGGAUCCGGCGCAAGAGUCUGGCUGGCAUCCCAGGGAGACCGACGCAGUGGCUGUGCAGGAGUCGGCGUUUCCAGGAGGAAGCAGUGGCUCACUGCCCGCCUCUGCCUCAGCAAGGGAGGCGAUGCAAGCAGCGGAACAUGCCCCUGCACCUUGGGGACACCGGCUGGAAACCGGCGGGUACCCCUUGCGCCCGGUCAGCCCCACCAGCCACCCCGGCAUCCCUGACAGCUGGGACCAACACCAGCAGCCGCAGCCCCCGCCUGAAACACCGGCACGUCCACCCUCCAUGGCCCCCACUGCCCCUGGUUCCCCCAGCCCAGGCCCCAUCUGAAAAGGCACCCCUAACUCCCGAGCCCGCUGGUCCGGCCCUCUGCCAAGGGCUGGAGGCGGCCCCGCCAGGGUAGGGGUUGAAGGUGGGGAGACAGAGCCCCCCACCCACAGCUUCGGGGGGCAGCCCUUUCACCCCCCAUGAAGAGGGAGAGGCUACUCUUUUAGUGCCAGCUUCCCAACAGUUACUAAUUUGUGGUGGGACAAUAAAUCGUGCAGCAGACCAUAUGUA